GUCAAAGAUGGCGUCGGGCCAGAGGGCCUUCGCCCAGAAACUGUCUAAGCAACAUGCAGCUGAUGUGCGAAGGACAGUAAGCUCAGUGACAACAGGGAAGGAUCCACCUCGUUCUGCUAGUGUAUCAACACUCUCAACACAUGACACAUUACAAGAAAAUGUGGAUCCUAUUGAUUAUGAGGAUUUCCUCGACCAACACCAGCUGGAGGCCGACCGUGAUCCAGUAAGAAAGAUACUCUACUUCCCACCUGAUGAUAUUGUAGUCACUUUAAUCCCACGGCAGAUCCGCACUCUGCAACCAGUCAUUCCAGAAGAAGGGGAUGGCUAUGAUGCCCAUGUAGCAGACUGUGUUCGCUGCUACACCAGGGAUUGGUUGUAUGUCAGUCGCCAGUACCUUCAGUAUUCCACUUCUGUCCCGGGCCGCAGUCAGUUAACUCCAGACCACCUGGCAAAUUUACAGUCCUGUCCACAGCCUGAGUUUGAAGUUGACUUGGAGGAUGAUCCUAGGCACAGUGAUGCAGAUAGACAUGAUGUUGGAGGUAGCCGCCAUUCCUCACAUCUCUCUGACACACCAAGAGGAAGCUGGGCCAGCUCAGUAUUUGAUUUACGGAAUUCUGUUGCUGAUCCUCUCCUCCCAUCGUUACUCUCACGCGUUCCAUUGGAUACUGUUGACAAUAAUAAUCAACAAGCAAGACUUGAAAACAGACAGGAUUCCAUGUUUGUGCUGUAUCCUCCUCAAGAUGAAGAAGACAUGAUAGAGCGUCGCCUGUACCCAGAUGUACCAAUGCCACAUUCAGGUCAUCGCAUUCAGGUCAAGUGUAUAAAUCUCCGCCUUGAGCUGGAAAUAGAGCCAAUAUUUGCUACUAUGGCCCUGUAUGACCUCAGAGAUAAAAAGAAAAUUUCGGAGAAUUUUUGUUUUGAUAUGAACCCAGAACCGCUGAAGAGAAUGUUGACAUCCCAUAUUCCAUAUCAGGAUAUUUCAACUUUAAGUCGCACAUGUAUUUUUGACAUCACUUAUCCAUCUAGUGACUUGUUUCUUGUUGUGCGUCUCGAGAAAGUCUUGCAGGGUGAUAUUAGUGAUGUGGUGGGGCCAUACAUGAAGGAUGAUGCGAACCGAGAGAAGUUGAAAUCUGCAGCCGUAGCUUGCUGUGAACGACUUGGGAAGUAUCGUAUGCCUUUAGCAUGGACUGCAAUCAACCUCAUGAACAUUUUUACAGGUGUUCAUGGAGACCGUGAAAAUGCUCCCGAAAGAGAACCUUCGGGGUCAAACAGUCUUGAUCGGAAGCAGAGUUCGUCUAGCUAUGACGAGCUUAAGAGAAAAGGUGGCUCUGGAUCACUUACAAGGAGAGGGUCAUUAGAGAGAAGAAGUUUCAGUGAGAAGAGACGUAGUUGGUCGCCUGAGGAGUUUGGUGCUUGUCUUGAUUCAUUUCGUCCUGUCACUCUUACUGUAUCAUCAUUUUUCAAGCAGGAAGGGGAUAAAUUACGUGAUGAUGAUCUGUAUAAGUUCUUGGCUGAUCUCAAGCGUCCAUCAAAUCAGUUAAAGAAAAAAUGUUUGCCAGGUUUGCUCAAGUUAGACAUAUCACCAGUGCGUGACCAACCCAAGUACUGUCUCACGCCAGAACUUGAUAAACUUCAUCCUUAUCCAGCAGAGGAGACAGAGGAGGAGGAAGACAAGGAGUAUGAAAAGUGUCGUCCCAUCAAAGAAGUUGUGGAAUUCCCACCCAGAGAUAUCUUUGUUCCGCAUUACUUCUACAGGAACCUUCUGUUUGUAUCUCCAAGGGAUCUCAACUUCAACAACAGACCAGGUUCUGCGCGCAACAUUGCUGUCAAAAUCCAGUUCAUGGCUGGGGAAGAGGAACAAGCAGCCAUGUCAGUCAUCUUUGGUAAAUCCUCUUGUCCAGAAUAUACCACAGAAGUUCACACUGCUGUCACCUACCACAACAAGUCACCAGAUUUUUAUGAUGAGUUCAAGAUUAAAUUGCCACCAGUACUUGGGGACCAACAUCAUAUUCUAUUUACCUUUUAUCAUAUCUCAUGUCAGAAGAAAAAUGAGGAGAAAACCAUUGAGACCCCUGUUGGCUACACUUGGAUUCCCGUGUAUCGUGAUGGUAGACUGAAGACAGGUUAUCAUAGCUUACCUGUGAUGAUGGAACGGCCCCCCAGCAACUACCCGUACAUCACUGCAGAUAUCCAAUUACCUGGCACAAAAUGGGUCGACAACCACAAAGGACUGUUUACUGUUAGUGUUGAAGCAGUAUCAUCUGUCCAUGCUCAGGACAAACACAUUGAUCGAUUUUUCCAUCUAUGUAAGAUGGUAGAAGAAGGUAAUAUUCCUGCACGCAUUGGUGAAGCUAAUAUGGAGGGGGAACUGAAGAGAGCCAUGGGGGAGCUAAUGAAUUGUUAUCCUGAACCACUAGUCCGUUUCGUCCCAGUUUUAUUAGACCGUCUCCUCACUCUUAUGGUUUGGCCUCCCACUCUAGCUGGCCAACUUGUCAACAUUGCCCAGGCCUGCUUUGAAACUGUUGGCGCCCUUGUAGGGCGUGUUUCAGCUCUCUUGGAGGAAAAGAAUGAUCAACAUGGGAGGAAUAGUACAUUGUUGGCAUAUGUGGCUUAUCAGGCAACACUACCUCACCCUGAUGAUGGGCCAUCGACCCCUGUUGCAACGUCACUCUCACAUCAUCCUCAUCCCCCAAGUUCAGUGCCUACUCAUAGGAAAUGUUCCAGAAGCAGCAGCAAUCCAGACCUUGGUAUUGAUGCAGAUGCAGAAGUUGGAGGAAUCUUCGCCCGUGGGUUAGACCGAACCAACUCCAUGAGAACAGAUAAUGGUGAGGAGUUAUUGGAUAUUAAAGGUAGUAAUUAUGAAAAUCUUAUAACUCUUCAACGACCUGCAGGAAGGAAACUUACUCAUGAGGAGGUAGCUCUUCAGUGGGUUGUAUCCAAUGGUACUGGAAGGGAGAAAGCUCUGGCUAAUUCAUGGUUCUUCUUUGAGCUGAUGAUCAAGUCCAUGACAGAACAUCUAGCAAGGAGUAGUGGCCAAGACACUCUUCGCAAAAUGAGAUUUUCUCACCAAUUUUCGGAUGAUGUACAAAAUCUAGCUGCCUCCAUCACAAAUGACAUCAUAGCUUUACAUAACAAAGAUGUCAAAGACACAAGGUUUGUACAAAAUGUGAACAGCAGUCUAGCAUUUUUUCUGGCGGACCUCCUGUCUGUGAUGGAUCGUGGGUUUGUGUUCAUGCUCAUGCAAAACUAUUGUAAACAAAUGAGCAACAAGAUUAUGUCUUUACCGGAUGCUGCAGCUCUUAUCAAUCUGAAGUUGGACUUUGUGCGUAUUGUGUGCAGCCACGAACACUAUGUAGCCCUGAACCUGCCCUUCUGCACACCACUGUCAGCAAUAUCUGCCCCAUCAUCACCUUGUCCAUCAAUUGGUUCAACAACUAGUCAGUCAUCGUUCAUCUCCACAGUGUUUGGUGGAAACCGGAGUGCAUUUAUGAUGCUCUCCAGCUCCUUCCGCAAACAACACUUCCUAGUAGGACUUGUGUUGUCAGAUCUUGCUACAGCCCUUGAGAUCAAUAACCCAACCAUACAUGGAAGAGCAGUAAACACUGUUAGAAACCUGUUGACAAGUCACGACACAGAUGAUCGUUACACAGAGCCAGAAGUGAAGGCUCGUGUGGUGGGUCUGUACUUGCCUCUCAUCAGUAUUGUCAUUGAUGCUUUACCUCAACUUCACACGUUUGCCAGCUCUAAGUAUCGGUUUUUGACGUCAUCUCUUGGUGAUGAUAGUGAAGGUGGGCCAACACAUAUUCACCAGAAUGUUGCUCUUGCAAUUGCUGGCUCAACAAUGUUUGCAAACAAGGAGAGUGACUAUGAUGUUAUUCAAGGGACGACAGAAGAGGAGAUGGAAAAUCAGCAACCUCGCAAAUGUCCCUUGAGUUCGGAGACGACAAGAAACUUACUCAUCUGCCUCCUGUGGAUUCUCCGAAAUGCAGACGAGAUAACCCUUCGGCACACACUCUCUGAACUACCUUACACUCGUCUCCACCAACUUCUAGAUGUGCUGUACAUUGCUGUGUCUUGCUUUGAAUAUAAGGGCUGUGGGUACUGUGUUAUAGGUGAGGGCGUUGGGAAAGUUGUCAGUACGGCCAUGUUCCCUCAACUCAUCUCAGCCACGGACCACAACCACCACAACCAUCACCAAGCUGUGAGCCGCACUGCCUCUGAAGACACCAUCUCUCUCAGCCUGAAUGAUGGACGGCCUCCAUUACCUCCAAUAUCCCAAACACAGGAUCACAACACUUUAGUUCAGGGGAAAAAGAUUUCACACCGAGGUGGACCCGUCACCACGAGGAGCAAAGAAGCCAUGAAGAGUCGUCUGGAGGAGGCCAUCAUGGGUCAGAAUUCAGCACGUUCAGAAAUGAUGCUUCGUCGUCGAGGUAACGCUCCCCCCAACACCCCUCAUGUUGUUGGAUUAUCUCAAUUCUACAUCCAAGGGGCAGACCGUAAUCCUCCCUCUCCAUCUGGAACUGGAGAAAAGUUACGCUGGCGUAAAGAAUCCUUCCCCUGGCGUCACCACCAGCAGGACACUGAUCGUUCACCGCAACAUGAACUUGAGCAGGAGUCUCAGGUGGAGGGUCACUUGGCUGCUGAAGCUAAUAUGGUUAUUCUUGAUACUUUGGAAAAUAUAGUCCAGGUGGUGACGUUAGCAGACCACCUACAGGGUCUUUUGCCUGUAGUUUUUCGAGUACUACUUCAUGGUCUGGCCUCCCACCAAUCAACCACCACAUUAACCAACAUGUUCAACACUCAACGAGCAUUAGUUGCUAAGUUCCCAGGCUUGUUGUUUGAUGAAGAGACAGAACAGUGUGCAGAUUUGUGCCUUCAGCUGCUGAAACAUUGUUCAUCUUGCAUCUGUACCAUUCGAUCCCAUGCAGCAGCAUCACUCUACCUCCUCAUGAGACACAACUUUGAAAUUGGAAAUAACUUUGCAAGAGUGAAGAUGCAAGUGACAAUGUCUCUUAGUUCCUUAGUUGGAACAUCCCAGACCUUUAAUGAAGCUUAUUUACGGCGAUCUCUGAAGACCAUCCUUACCUAUGCUGAAGAAGAUGCUGACCUUCAAGACACAUCUUUUCCAGAGCAGGUUCGAGAUUUAGUCUUCAAUUUACACAUGAUUCUGUCAGACACCGUGAAGAUGAAAGAAUAUCAAGAGGAUCCAGAGAUGUUACUUGAUCUCAUGUACAGAAUUGCCCGGGGAUACCAAAACUCCCCAGACCUUCGGCUAACAUGGCUUGCCAACAUGGCCCAGAAACAUAGUGAACGCGCUCAACAUGCUGAGGCUGCCAUGUGUCUCAUCCAUAGUGCUGCCUUGGUGUCAGAAUACCUCUACAUGCUGGAAGAUUGUCCUCACUUACCCACUGGAGCUGUCUCUUUUUGCAAACUUUCACCUAAUGUGCUGGAAGAAAGUGCUGUGUCGGAUGAUGUCCUUAGUCCAGAUGAGGAAGGAAUCUGCACUGGGAAAUACUUCACUGAAAAUGGACUUGUUGGCCUUCUAGAGCAAGCCAGCUCCUCACUGCACCAGGCUGGAAUGUUCGAGUGCCUUAAUGAGGUAUAUAAAAUUCUUACCCCUGUUGCUGAGAAGAACAGAGACUGGAAGAAACUAAUCAAUAUAUAUUCCAAAUUACAAGAUGCAUUCACAAAGAUCGAUGCUUUAGAAGGGAGAAGAAUCUUUGGAACAUAUUUCCGCGUAGGAUUCUACGGCUCUAAGUUUGGAGAUUUAGACGGAGAGGAAUAUAUAUACAAGGAACCGAUGCUGACUAAGUUGCCGGAGAUCUCACACCGAUUAGAGAGCUUUUAUUCUGAUCGAUUUGGCCCAGAGAAUACUGCCAUCAUCAAGGACAGUAAUACAGUGGACAUAACCAAGUUGUGCUCAGAUAAAGCCUGCAUCCAGAUAACAUAUGUUGAACCACACUUUGAUGAAUAUGAAUUUAGGGACAGAGUCACAUCCUUUGAGAAAAACUAUAAUAUCAAACGUUUUAUAUUUUCUACACCCUUCACUCCUGAUGGCCGAGCUCAUGGAGAACUUCAUGAACAGUACAAACGCAAGACCAUUCUAACUACACAACAUAUGUUUCCAUAUGUUAAGACUCGAAUUCAAGUUGUUGACAGAAUGUCGUGGGUCUUGACACCAAUAGAGGUGGCCAUUGAAGACAUCCAGAAGAGGACAAGAGAACUGGCUGCUGCUAUCUACCAGGAUCCCCCUGACCACAAGAUACUACAGAUGGUAGUGCAGGGCUGCAUUGGCACAACAGUGAAUCAGGGUCCAAUGGAAGUGGCUCAUAUCUUCUUGUCAGACCUUCUAGAGAGUAGGAAAUCUCCCAGUCGUUUACAGAACAAACUCAGGCUGUGCUUUAAGGACUUCUCCAAAAAAUGCCAUGAUGCGCUACGGAGAAACAAGACUCUCAUUGGUCCAGACAUGCGUGAAUACCAUCGCGAGUUGGAACGAAAUUAUAAUCGCUUCACUGAGGGACUUGCUCCUAUGAUAACAGUAAAUCACCCCACAAGAUCUUCAAGCACAAUAUCCUCGACACCCAGGUUACGGGUGCCUGUGGGAGUGACAUCUUGGCGUCACUCUACUGGGAGCACGAGCUCGGGGGAAACUCUUGUGUCUGGAGGCUCAGGAGACUCUGACCCAGGGUUGGCCUCUGGGACGGAGUGCUAGGGAUGCCAUCGUAUAGUAUUCGCACUUUAGUCAGGGUUGCACAGCACAUGACUGUAGACAAGGAAGUCCCUAAGAAUGAUUUCUCCGUGAGGAAGAAUUGUUCACCAAGUUUCUCAAGAUAUGAUUUUGUUUUAGCUAAUAUUGACAAACCAGUUUACUGUACAGUACUUGCAGAAGUUGGUGAUAUUGUAGUUUAAUAUUUUAUAGUCAUCUUAUUCCAAAAAAAAAAAUUUAAAUGGUUCUUAAGAUGAACUUGAUGCUCCAUUGUAUUAUCAUUAAUGGUGCUAAGUUCCUUCUUAUUUUAUAAUAAACCUUGGUUUUCUAACAUUCCUUAUAGGAUUGUAAAAACAUGUCAGUACAGUAUUAAUUAUUCAAUAGUUUGUAUAAACAUUUUACUACUAUUACAUAGUUAGGUAUGUUGAGCAUUAAUCCUGCAAACAAAGGACCAAAUAAACAUAUAUUUUAUGAUAGAGUUUAGACACCAUUGAGUAGUUGCCAAAGGAGAAAUAUAUGCAUUUCCCAGUUGUAGUUUAUUUUGAAACCUAUGUUUAUAGUGUGUUUGUAUUGGAAUAUUGUCCCUGUUUUGAUUGUAUGCUUCUGUACGUGAAUGAUCCUGUUCAUGAAUCUCAAACCAAGGUGUGACUCUCAAGGUGAGAAGGGGGCUCUUCGUCUCACAUUGUCUAUCAGUACGGUAACAAACUUUAUUACCAUAGUUCAGAGCUAAAUUAUUUAAUUUAUAAGCACUGUGGAAUUCACUUAAUGUCACAUUCUCCAGGCAAUGUAAAAAUAUAUCAGUGCAUUUGAUUUGUAACUAUUUAUGGGUGAUGUACAGGGAGUUAUGUACUCCUAAGAUAUCAGCUGUACAGUAUAUUGUAAAGAUAACUUGGAGGAAUAAAAAAGAGCAUUCUUGUCAAAAAAAAGAGGUAAGUCAGAGUCAACUGGUGUCCAGCAUUUGUAAUUUUUUAUUUACAAGUUCAUUCACAGUCUUCCCAAGCUUAGCUUACUGCAUUACCAAGCCAUUUGAUGUACUGCUUGAUUCAAACUCUGAACUGGGACAGGAACAUUGUAUAUCUUCUUGCCUCAGGUAGGAUAGCAAUGUGGGCAUGUUGAUCUGUGUAUGUCUCUGCUGAUGGGUUCAGUGAGGUUAAAGUAAAGUUUUGUUACCAGUUUGAUGAAAGCUUUCCUGAAAUUAGUGAUAUAAAUUUAUCUGUAAUAUGACAAAGUUGAUUUGAAAUGUUUCACUGUACUCCUAAUUGAAAAGUGAGCCAUACGAAAUGACCUCUCACAGUGGUUACAUGUAUUCCUUACACCCCCAGAAACUUUCUCAGUUUAAUACACAUUUCAUUAUUCUCUCUCUGCAACUUUUCUUUCAACUUGCAUCUCUCAUGUUUCACUUUUUGUAUUGAGAAUUCAUGGGUUAGUUCUCCAUUUUAAUAUUCAGUGUUUUCUUAAAAAUUUUGGAAUCAAUUUCUUUUCUUUAUCAUCUAUAUCCAGAAUUCCUCUUCACUUUACUGUUCACUGUCACAGUAUUUCCUUUUUGAGGUUUUCACAAGCCAAACUUCCUUUUCCAUAUCCCUUUUUUUUCUUUGAUAGAUUGGACCAUUUCCAGCACCUAUUUCAUACAUGUUAACUUGCAGUUAUUUUUAUCCCUACCCCUGGUAUUUUAUAUUUUAUUCAGUUAUCCUUAAAGAAUGUUGAUCUACCCAAUACUUAUGAGCUAUAACCACACUUAAACAGUUUGCAGUCACCUAUUAAAUAUUUCUCAAGUUACUUUUUUCACUACCUUUGUUUGUAUGGCCUUUUUAAUUUUCUUGUCUUUAUCAUCAUCAUCAAUGUUUUGUGGAAAAUAGUUGUAAAUCAUUGAAGAUGAUGGUGAACUUCAAGUGUGUUGACUAGACAAAUGAAUCUAACAACUAUAUACAACAGCUUUGUAAAGCUCUGUUCCUUCAUAUCCGUCAACUGUUUUGCAGCCACUCCUAAUGUUAAGCUAGACAUCUUUCCAUAAACAAUAUUGGAAAACAUAGACCUACCUAUUCUCAUUACAGGGGCCAGCUUUAUAAAAAUUAGUAAUGGUAUCUAGUAUAAUAAGGAUACAGUAUUUAAAUGUAUAGUAGAGUAACAUUUACAAUAAGCUGGAAAAAGAAAUUACCACCAUGUUUACAUUUUUCUUCUUUCCCAUGUUAUUUGCGAUUAUUCCCACCGAUUUAACCAAAAAAUAUAUAGUAUAAUAUUUUUUCAGACCCCUUUCAGCCAUCUGCAGUCUUAGAGGAAUCCUUGUUACAGCUGUAGGUUAACUCACUCCAGGGUUUUGUCCUUGCUGUGUGUAGCUUAUUUCAUCUGGUCAUUUUCACUUACAAUAUCUUGUUCCCCUUCAAUUCUCCUCACCAAAAUGUUAUUCAACCUUAAUUUACUACAGGUACUGGUCUUUUCUCAUGAUCAUUACAUAUUACAUUACCUUAUCUCAUAUAUUUAAGUCUUAUUCUUCCUUCACUAAGUUCGUCACAACUACAGGUAUUGUAGGAAAAAUUAGUCUUUUAGGCAUAUUAAUCUCACAUUAUUUUACCAUUUUCAUGCUAGUAAUUGAGCAGAUUAUGGAAAAGUUUACAGUACCAUGGGGCACUGGGCAAACUUAGCUUGAAAAUACAGCUAGAUCACUUUGUACAGUAGUAAAGUCCUUCAGAGGGCACACUGCCAUGCUUACAUCUUCUAGUCCAUCAUAAUGUUCCUUAAAAAUUAGUUGUAUUUUUUUUUUAACUAUCUCACAUCAAAAAAAAAGCAGUUGUUUCCUGGAUAAGAUUGCAAUAUGUAAUUAUAGAAAGUGAUGUUUAAUAGUAAGAUUUCACAUUACUGGACUCUGAAUCACCAGAAUUCUGUUGAACUGUUUUUGUUUAAUUAACAGACGAAAGUACAGUAAUACAUAGGACAAAUCUGGCUUAGCGAUCCUCCUGAAAUCCGUAGACUAACUUAACCAACAGGAAGAGUCUCAGUGUUGUGUUUUAAGGGUACAGUACAGUACAUUUCUUUCUUGUAUGCAGUUUGAAGUUCACGUGAAUUUUCGUUAAGAGUUCAUUUGAAUGAUAUUAUUCAUAGGUCUUACAUUAUCAUAAAGUAUAAAAAAUGGGUUUCAUUGCUUAGGAAUUUAGCUUCUUUAUCUGUGUGGGUUUUAGACCUAUUAGUGCCAAGAUGAUUCCCUCUUGCCUAAAUAUCUGAGUAUUUUAUAAAUUCUACCAUUACACAGAUGUAUUCCCAUCUCAUAAAAUAAGAUACCAAAGCUAGCAGUAUAACACCUUAUGCUGUAAUAUACCUGUAUACCUAGCUGUACUACCACAGGUGGAUUAAUACAGUAUAUGCUCAAAUUUACCAUAAAUCUGGAUGUAAAAACUAAGUUUUGGCCCAAGUUAAUCCAAUAAAUUGGAAUCUUAGUACAGUACUUCAAUAGUGUAAUAUUAUGUAAAUUGGAAUCAUACUGGCACUUUUUUAAUCCAGGUUACAACACCUUAAAUUUUGAGUAAAUUUUUUCUUCAAGUAUUUUAGGAAUCAUAUUUGUACUAUUCAGAAAAGUUCAGUGCUAUAUACAAUAUUAAUAUUAGUCAUUUAUGUUAGAUAUUAAAUAGCAUGUAAGGUUCUCUCAGUGGCAGUGACCUUUCCCUGGAUUUUACUUGUAAUUUAUAACUUGUAAUUAUUGUCUUCAGUCAAGAGUGAAUUUAUAUUGCUGGUAAUCUUGAAAAGAGAAUUCCGUUGUUUGGGAAGCAUGAACCUAUAAUGUACCAAUGGUUUUAGCAUUAAUUUGCUUAUUUCAUGUAUUUGUUAUCUUAAGGCUUCAUUUUACACCAAAGAUGUUAUUUAAUAAUCUAUAUAUUAUUUAAUCUGAUUUAAUAAUUAAAUGUAAAUGAACAGUAAUUUAUUUGUUCUGUAGAAUCCGUAGUGUCUUCUCAAGCUUUUACACAUAUGAUUUUAUGAUGUACAGUAUUGUACAUUACUGUACCAAAUGUUCUAAUGCAUUUCUAAAUGCUGUACAAUGUACUAAAGCUUUUUUAAUUUAUAAA